AUGAAAUUCACCAGAACUAGUACGGGCUCCUUCAGGGCCAAACUCUCCUCCUUAGGCAAGAAGUUCCACUACUUCUUCCACCGUCACCAAGUUACUAACAAAGUUAGCGACCAACAACAAGAAAUCCUUGAACUGGCGCUUACUUCAGAUGUUAUUCCUCUGUCAAUGUCCAGUGACAACAAAGCUGGAAGAGCAUUGUCUACUUCAAGCAGCCUGCCAAUUUCCAUUGGCAUUGCUGCAAGCACCCUUCCCACUCCCCUUUCCAAUUGCGCCACCAUUUUGACUCCAGCUACUACCAUUGCUGUUGAGACGAAUGACAAGGAGAACAUUUUAGUUACUCCAUCACCACCACCACCACCACCACCACCACCUCAAGUUGCAUUACUUGAAAAGGCUCUCCUUGUUAUCAAUGAAAACCUCGAACCCCAUGCUCCUAUGCCGAGCAAAGCAAAGUCUAUGGCUGUUGAAACAGAAGGCGACAACAACGACUGUUCAUUCAAAACUAGCGAAUGGAAAGAUCUCUUUGAACUUUACCAAGAAGCCGUCAAAGUCUUCUGUCCUUUGAUUGAACCCCAAGCUGCUGCUUCUCCUCCUACUGUUGAAACCAAGGAAAGGUAUCAAGAAGUCGAAGAGGAAGUCCCCCUCUUUGAUCCAUCGAUUCCCACAUUACUGCUUUCUGAGUAUCUCCUCGUCUGUAGAUUAUACAGUGCCGAUCAGGAGCGGAUCAUUAGUGGUGAUCUGUACCAAUCGGACGCUUGUAUUAGUCCAGGAUUGAGCGACUACUCCAGCGGUAGUGAGGCUUAUUAUCGAGGCAAGAUUCCAAGAAACUUCCUUCGAUUGCACCAACAUCCCAAACUGAUACGGAAACGUACUCGGGUAGCUGGAAAUACCAACUGA